UAUAUGUGUGCUCGUGUCCUCUCAAUUGGUAAUAUUGUGCAAGGAUGAUAAUGAAGUUGGGAAGCAUUCUCUUAAUGGUUGGGGCUUUAUCUGUUCUCUUCACCCUCACCUACGGAUCUGGUGUGGACUACUGUCUCAAAGAAAUUGUAGUUGAUGGAAGCUGUAAAGAUCAUUGGCCACAUGGACGUGAUUGUACAGAUGAAUUCAUUAAUGGAGUAGGAUCAUGGACCAUGGCUAAAGAUUGUCAAUGUCAACAACUUUCAAGUAAUAAGCGUCGAUGUCAAUGUUGUAUCAAUUGUCCGGAUAAAGCCAACGUAUUAAGCGACGCUUUUCAUGUUAACGUUACACAUGAUAGAUGUAGCAAGUAAUUAAUAAAUAAUAAUUAAUAAAUUGUAAUAAUACUUCAUAUACUAUGAAGUUUUAUAUUUUGGUCCUU